AGCAGCCUUCGAACUCACGCUGCCGAUCAACGGGUCCGAGGUCCACCUUGAACUCGAACCGAUAGAUAUUGCUUCUCCGGGACUGAUGCUGAGUUUUGCCGACGAUCCCACGAGAGAAGUUCCAGUCCCUCAUAACUGCAUGUUUGCCGGGGCGACUGGCAACACCUGGGCCGUUAUGUCAGUCUGUGACGAGUUGAGUGGCGUGGUUGACCACCUCGGGAAAAGUUACCAAGUGGAAGCUGUGGAUUCGUUAAGUCCCAGAACUCGCAGAGAUGUUCGAGAAGAUACCAGAUACGUUAUCACCAGCAUUGAGACGAGACUUUCUGAAGACGCAGGUGAGCGAGCGACAAAUGCUAAGUACACGAUAGAGUUAGCGGUGUUCGUGGAUCGAGCGCUUUACAACUACGUGAAAAAGCGCUACCCGGGCCAGAAUCAAGAUCAGAGAACGCUCGACAUCGUCAUGACUAUUGUUAACGCUGUUCACCGCCUCUACUCGGACACUUCCCUCGGCCAGUACAAAAUCGCGAUGUUGGUGAAGAAGGUGGAGGUCUUGCCCGCAGGGAAGCCCAGCGAGGCCAAGGGAGACAUCUACUCUUACCUCAAGAACUUCUGUCUGUGGCAGUCCUCGCAGAACCCGAAGAGCAACGCCCAGAAGAGGUGGGACCACGCCCUCCUCCUCUCCGGCCUGGACCUGUGGAACGAGCAGCCGGCGCAGAACUCUACGGUGGGCCUCGCCUACGUCGGGGGGAUGUGCUCCUCAAAGGUCUCCUGCACCAUCAGCGAGGGAACGUCCUUCGCCGCGGCGUACAUUGCGGCGCACGAGAUCGGACACAACCUCGACAUGCGCCACGACGGGGACUCUGACGCGUGGCUGUGCAAAGGCAACCAGUUCCUCAUGUCUUCGGUCAUGUCUGCGGGGGCAACGACGUGGUCCUCGUGUUCGAAGAAUGCGCUCGCCGGCUUCAUCCAUUCCGGGAGAUCUGCAUUGCUGAUGCGUGCGUGACAGACGGACAGACCGACAGCGAAGGGGAAGAUGACGGGGGAGAAGAAUUUGAUUUGGACGUUAAUGAAAGUUCUGGCAAUGACACUUGCAGGUCGAAGGAAGAGGAUUGCAACAUGUUUUCGAAUUUUCUCGGGUCGAUGCUGGGUACGAGCUUUAGUAGUGUUUUCAACAGUAUCUUCCAGAGCAUGGGUAUGUGUGAUGAUAUUUGCGAGGAAUAAAUGCCAUGGGGUCCAUACCAAUGUGGAU